AUGAUGGGUUUGACGGAGAGGCAGAAAUCUGAAUACAGAAACAUAGCCAAAGAAGUGUCGAAAGAAAUUGUACACGAUUUGAUGGGCGAUGAUCGUUUUUUAGAAUGCCUGGCAGAUAAAUUAGCUGAUAAGGUUUCUGAAAAAGUGAACAGACGAUUAGAGGAUCUUGCAACAAAAAUAAAUACGCUGGAAACGAAAAUCGCUCAUAUACAAGGUGACAACGAAAAUCUGAUGAUAAGAAUUGAUGAGCUGGAACAGAAGUCUAAACUUGACCAGUUGAGGAUAUACGGCAUAACGGAAGAACGGGAAGAGAACCUAAAGCCGAAAAUAGAAAAUAUCUCAAUUUCUAAAAUGGGCAUGAAAAACGUCAAGUUACUACAAUGCUACCGGAUAGGAAAUCCAAAUCCAAAUAAAUCGAGAGCCGUUAUUAUCAAAUUUGAAAAUAUCCAGGAACGUAACCUAGCGUAUGAUUCUAAGAAACUACUCAAGGGAUGCAGAAUAACAUUGGUUGAGGACUUAACCAAAGCUAGACACGAAAUUCUGCUGUAUGCCAAGGAAAAAAUCGGUCCUAAAAUGGUUUGGACGAUGCAGGGUCGAAUCUACACUAAAGUAAAUGGAAAAAAAAUAUGUCUGAGGAGUGAAGAUGAUGUAUUGAAAAUAGAUCAAUAG